AUGGACGUGUCGGACCGCGGCGUGGUUCUGCCCAACGACUUCGGCCCGAGCAUCGACAUCAGCAACCAGACGCUGCUGAUCUACGCCGAGACAGUCACCAUCAUGGACAGCAUCCAGUGGCCCAGCAAGAACAUUGGCAUUGCCUGCUCGAAUCUCAUCCUGGGCGGCAGCAGCAUCACCAUCGACGUGUCCGGAUCCGACGGCGAGCACAUUGACGUCGCACAGCCCUCGGGGAACGGCUUGCCGGGUAACCCGGGCGGCGACGGCGGCUCCAUCUGGCUCUAUGUUGAGUAUCUCACCCCGUCCCUUGCCACUGGUCUUCGUCUCCUCGCCAACGGCGGUUCCGGAGGCGAGGGCGGGGCCACCAGUGAUGUGGCUGGGAGGGGCGGGACUGGAGGCGUCGGCGGUAACGCAGGCACCGUCUCGUUCCUCUGGGGCAGCGCCGCCGGGACCGCCCUCCUCCGGCUCUACCAGCUGUCCCCGCUGCCGUGGACGGCGCUUGUUGGCCAGGCCCUGACAGUGACGACCCUGACCAGCUCUUUGCUCGGCUCCGCCCAGUUCGCGGCCCUGCGGGCUACCUUUGCACAAUACACGGGAUACAUCACGGCAGCACAGAACUGCCGGGCCGCCGUCAACAGCUUGGCCAAGUCCAGGACCACCAAGCCCCUGUCGACAGCCCUGUCGACAGCCCUGACAGCGUUCUCCCAAGGGCUGACGACUCUGCUCACGGCCCAGGAAGGGCCCGACCUGAAAGACAACGGCCUGGCCAACGCCACCGUCGCGGUGAACACGGCUGCCACGCAGUACCUGGCCAAUCUCAAGGCCAAGAAGCCUGUUGACGAGCCGGGACUGCUGGGGCUCAUUACGGCGGCAACCGUCACCUGGACAGGGAACCCAAACUCGGCCCUGGGGACGGCAAUCAUCCAGGCCGGAGCCUCUAUCCAACCCCUCUUUCAGUCCCUCUCGGAGACCGCCUCGGAGGCAUGCAUGAUCCUCCCCGGGCCCGGAGGCGUCGGCGGCCCCGGCUUCGGCCCCAAGCCGCACGGCGGCGCUCGGGGCCAGGAAGGGGGCCAGGGCACGCUUGCGGCCAGGGAGCUCGUGUUUGACGGGCGCGCGUCGGACCUGGACGUGGUCAUGCCCUUUGCCUUUCCCGACCAGUGCCAGAUGCUGCUCAACAAGGCCAACGCGCUCUUCUUCCAGAACUCGCCCACGUCCAAGCAGGACGCCUCGACGCUGUACAAGAGGCUCCUCAAGCGCCUCUCGUUCUGGCCGACCAUUGCCGCGGCCCAAGAUGCCACGAGCCCGCCGCCCGAGUCGAACCUGGAGCAGGCGUACGACACGCUCGAGUACGGGCUGAAGGUGACGGUGUCGGCGCUCGACCAGCUGCAGUCCGUGUACGACCAGGCCAAGAGCUUCAACAACCAGAUCAUGAGCGGCAACGACAUGUUCGGGCACGACGCGCUGUGGGUGCCGCGGCUCAACUACAGCUACUACACGGCCGAGAUCGAGACGUGCCUGAGCACGCUCAAGACGGUCGAGGCGGCCUAUGCCAACGCGCUGGCGGUGCGCGCGUCCAUGACGGACAUCGCGUCGGGCCAGAGCGCGGCGGCGGCCGGGGUGCAGCGCGCCCAGUACCGCAUCCAGCUGCUGACCGACGACAACGGGCCGCUGACCACCAGCGCCGACACCAUCGCGCGCUACACGCCGCUGCUCAAGGACAAGGUCAAGGAGUGCGAGGACAACCUGGCCGUGGUCGAGGCCGACAUCCAGGCCAGCAUCAACCUCGACCCCAUGAACAUCAUUAGCUCGCUGAGUAUGGUGGCUAUGGGCCCGUCGGUGCCGCUGGCGCUCGUCGAGGGCGCCAGCAUCGCCUACAACGCCGACACCACCGUCAAGGACAGCUCCGGCGCCUCCGUCAACAAGGACUACGUCAUCAGCGAGCUCAAGACGGCCGGCUCGUCGCUCUCAGACCUCUCGACGGGCUUCUCGACACGUCAAGACCAGACCAUCGAGGCCGACGACCCGGGCGGGCUCAAGAUGAUAGCAGCCGAAGACCAGAUCACGUCGCUGUACAACGAGUUCAAGAGCGUGAUCCCGGCGGGCGACGGCGACGCCCUCACCAAGUCCCUCGCCGACCUGCAGAGCGUGGCGACCACGCGCAACAACGCCGUCAUCUCGUACAACAGCGCCGUCGAGCUGCUGCACCAGGCCGAGACGGACGAGGCCUACUACGGCAAGCAGCAGCAGGCGUACGGCGACCAGGCGGCCAAGGCCAUGAACCCGAACCUGCCGGCGGUGCUCCUGUGGCUGCGCCGCACGCAGGACAGCUACCAGCUCGAGACGAUGCGGCUGAUGAACUACGCGAACCGCGCCAUCGCCUACUGGGGGCUGACGUCCCCGGCCGAGUUCGCCGCCCCGGGCCCGCUGCAGGGCUCGCAGAGCCUGUCCAUCUCCAAGACAUCCCUCGACCAGGCCGCCGAAUCCGCCAUCACGUCGUUCGCCGGCUCCGCGCCGGGCCACUUCCCCGUGGCGGGGCGCCAGGGCCCGCUGUACAAGCUCGACUACGGGCAGCUGGCGACGCUCACGGAACCGCUCACCUCGCCCGACGGCGCCGUCUACUACAGCGUGACCAUCGCGCUCGACGUCGGCGCGUCCGACGGCUCGGCCGACCUGCCGCUGUUCGCCGGCCGCGCCAACAUCCGGCUGGACCUGGCACGCCUGUGGCUCGUCGGCGCGUCCGUGUCUGCCGACCAGACCGGCGCCAAGCCCGUCAGCGUGGUUCUGACGCAGCUCGGCAGCGAGACGAUGGAGAACGACCGGCGCGCCACCUUUAAUUUCAGACACGACGCCGUGACGAUCCCGUUCCAGUUCGAUUCUGCGGCCGUCAACUCGCUCGCCGACUGCACGGCCGACAAGGUGCUUGAGACGCAGUUUCUCGCCAACUACUACGUUGGCCAAGGGAAUCCCGCGGAGACGGCCAUCGCGGCCAUCGGGCCCUGGAGUACCUGGACGUUUGAGGUCCGCGAGAGCGAGAACAAGGACCUCGACAUGAGCAAUCUGAGCGAGGCGUAUAUCGAGUUUGGCGGGUACUGCAGCCCGUUC